AUGCAGUUCCUCCGGUACCGACGCCAUAGACGGCAGGAGUCCUCCACAUCGCUCGCUAACGCUGAUGCCACAUCACACCACACACUUGCACUUUCCCUCUCUCUCUCUCUCUCUCUCUCCCAUCUGCCUGCUUUCUCACUCGCUCCACCAGCUUGUCGCCGGCUGCCUGUUCAUUUGCCACGGCAGAGCAACAACUGGCUUCUUUCAGUGCUGGAGAGCAGCAGGAAAAGUGGAAGGAGAAGAAGAAGUAGAGGAGGGAAAGGAGAAGAAGAGGAGCUCUUUUGUGAAGCGUCCUUCGCUCAUCCCUCUCUGGCAGCAGCAGCCGCAGCAUCCGUACCGCUGCCUCCAUCAGCAGCGGCGCAGCGGCCGCCGCUCUCGCUGCUGGAUGCUCCGUCUCCUGCCGGGAUCUGCCUCCACCUUCUCCUCAGGGAGCUCUUCCUGGAACUGGGAGGGGGAGGGAGAUCACCACCUCCCAGUUUGCCACGGACCCUCAGCGAGGCAAGGAGAAUUGUAGGAGAGCUGAGGAGAGGCACCACCCUGAGUGACAGGAGGAAGCAGGCCCCCCUGUCACCCUCCAACCCCUCCUUCCCAGGUCUCAUGGGGAAGAGCUGGAUGAGCUUUCGGGAGAUCUGGGCGGUGCUGCCGGGCUGUAGUCCAGGUGAGAGACGGUCGCCGUUUCUCACGCUCCCCCUGUCGCUUGCAGAGAUGGUUGCACAGAGGCGUGAGAGACUGAAUCGAUGUAACAGGAGCCAUUGAUGGAGCCUAGCCUCACACUGCAGCGAGGCGUCUUCAAUCAAUGCACUGGCCACUCUCUGUGUAUGUGUAUGUUUCUGUUUGCCACCGGAGCCUGAAGGGGGGCUGCUGAUGGCAGCGGCGAUGGCCAUGGUGGUGAUGGUGGUGGUGAUGAUGAUACGAUGGCAGUGGCGCUGCUCACGUGCUUUCUGGCUUAGCUCCCCUGUUUACUGAAAGACUCUCUUCGGUGACGGGUAUUCUUGGGUGGAUAAUACAGAUCACGUUGUUAUUGCUUAAGAAUACGCGUAGUCGAGGAGAGUCCUCUCUUCGCCCAAUACCCCUCAGCCCCCCCCCGCACUCACCCACCUCACCUCCCCCCGACAAAACACCACCCAACCACGGAGGUCUGUCAGGUUGGGUGAAGCCACACCUCCACGCUCCACCUUCCUAUAAAGAAAACCUAUCUCUUCUUUGAUUUCCGCUGCAUCCCGCUGUCUUGCCUUCCCGCCCACUUCCUGUGUGCUGAGCCACGGUGUGAGGUCGACAGUGUCCUCGUGUCUGUCCCACCAUACAUCUGUCGGUGUGUCUCUGUCUGCGAGGCGUGGUGUGUGGAUGUAGUCUUUCAGUGUGUGUGUUGUUCUUUGAGGGAAACGCUGGAUUAUUAGACGUGUGCAUGUGUACGUGUUCCUGCAAAGCCAGCCUGGAACAAGCAGUGGCAGCAGACAGAUGCCUGUCUGAAGCCUUCCCGUCAGGAAGGACACAUUCUCUCACGAGAGCAACAGGUUUCUGUGCUGAGCACUGGAUCUGCAUUAAUACUCCCGCCUGGCACUCUGUGUGCCGACAACAUGAAAUAAGCAAAGAUAAGGCUCUAGAUUUAAACAUAGAAACUAAAGCACGGCUCAUCAGGUGUAAUAUCAUUACAUCUUUCAUUUCCUUGGUCUGCACUGGACUGGCUGUACCUUAGACUCCAGGGCUGUGUGUGACAGGUGGGAUAGCCCCGCACACUCACACUGGGUAUGUAGAAGAAAGGCUUUUUUGGUCCUUGAAGGUUUGGAAAUUAGUCAAUUAAUAAAAAAGAUUAUUAGUACAAUUGGAGAUAAAUGAUCUGACCACGCCUCCAAACACGCCCCUAGCUCUACAAGCUUUUCGUUCUUGUUUUCUUGCCCCAGCCUGCCUCCCCUUUUUCAGUUCUUUCACGUCUUCUUUUCUCAUUAGUAAACGGGGAUCCCUCCCAUGCCUUCCCCAAACCACAGCUCAGUUCACAUUUAAUCCUCUAUCUACUAAAAACGCUGUCAAACCUAAAAUAAGGACGUGGGCCCAGCUCGUGAAUGCACUCAUCGAUAAGAAGGAUGAAGACCAAGGCUCAAUUCUGUCUAACACCGAAGAUGCCAACAACACCAAGAACAUACUGAGAGUGUGUGGUGAUGGCUUCAGACUGCUUCUCUUGUUUGAGCGUCAGUCCUCGUGUGCGCACGCUGCAGGCACAGCGCUCUGUGCUCAGCACAGCUAAACAAAAACUACCAUAAAAGCUGUGUGAUUAAGUUUGGCUUCAUUAGAGUGUGACAUCAGCGUGGGCCUGUAAUAUUUACUGAGGGGCCAGUGGACAUCCACCGGCUGCGGUUACAGAGUGGAACCUCCUUUUCUUCAGCUCCGUGUAGUGCAUUUAUUCUGUGACUGAGCUGUGCUGAGCUGCCUCUUGUGUUCCCCCUUUUUUAUGCAAAUGGCUGCUCAAAUGGCAUUUAUCGCAGUGAGGUUUACGCCACAUGUAACGCUGCUGCUGCCGCUGAGCCUCACACACAUUCACACUAAUGCACGCACACACUCAUAGCUGAGAAAACAAAAUGUCCACCACGAGCAGUCGACAGCUCAAUUUAUGCAUUGAGGAAAGCGGCGUCUAGAUAAACAAUUACCCCUGGCUCAAAUGGUCUAUAACCAGCUUUUUCUGCGUUGCCAGCCGGGCCAAUACAUCAUGAAUAUGGAUUCCAUCUCCAUGUCUGAUGGCACAUUCUGAACCUUAACAGCCGUGUAAAAUCCAUUUAAACACUUAAUAGGAUCAGCUCGAGUCAUACAGCCACGUCCUCACAUGCAUCGCCUCCCGUGAUUGUGUGCUGCAGAUUUCCGUAUCGCCGGGCUUUUCCGAGCCUUUAAGAAGCAGUUUCUGCGCCGGCUUUGCUGCCACGUCGAAUAUAAAAGUUAGAGUCACUUAGACAUGCUUGUGACUGUAAUUAUACAAAUCAUCCCAGUCAUUACCACUGCAGAUUAUUCCAAUAAUGCAAUUAAUGCUUAACACUUGGCUUAGCUGAUAAUUACUGCUCCUUUGCUCGUGGAAACAAACAGAGCAACAUGCUUAAACGUGUGUAGGAGGAUGUAAACCGGAGCAUUUGUGGGGUAAUGACGAAUCCAAAAAGGAGCCUCCUCCCCUGCUCUGCAUGUCCACUGUGCCGUAGCGUGGACGCGGUCCUCUCGCUGUUUGCUACCUGCAACUGUGUUUGUUGCUGCUGCGGGGCUUCAGCUGGCUGCCACCGCUGCUGUCAUCUCAUGUUGCAUUGUGUAAACACCUUACAUCUAGCUCCACUGCUACACCGUUAGCCUGCGAUGAUUCCUUUGUUUGCAUUAAAAAGCAAACACAUGCAUCCAGGCAGUCAACUGUUGCAUUUCCUGACUGAUUUUGGGCUCUUCAGUGGUGGUGAUGAGCACACCGUGAUGUGGUAUAAAGUGUUGUGUUAGUCGCUGUGUGUGCCAGCCUGUGUUUGGACUGUUUCAAAAGAGCUGCUUUGCUGUAAAACCCACUGUUGACAUGUCCUGUCAAAUGCAACGCUCAAUUUCUUUGAGGCGUGGACGAAUGAGGCAUUGUGUGCUGAGAGUGACGCCUAUCUAAAGUGCAUGUGUGCUCCUGUGCUCGUGCACUAAUGCUGUUGUGUGCUGACGACAUGCUGCUGCAGCUGCUGAUGACUACGGUGAUCCCUUUAGGCUAACCACUCUUUUCAACACAUGUGAGGUUGUCCUGUAAGUGUGCCUUAUUUCUGUCAAUAAAUUGUGGCUGUAAAUACAAAUA